AUGUGCGUACCCAACAUCACAAACACAAAUGUGUCUCCGAGAAUGGCUCAUACACCCAAACCUACGCUGCUCCGGCGACCUUCCCUGGUACGGAUUCAAGCAGGAUUCAGGAUUGUGAUCAAGAUGAGCAAGAGACCACCACCUGACCCAGUGGCAGUGUUGAGAGGCCAUCGUGCUUCUGUCAUGGAUGUAUGUUUCCAUCCUUCUCAGUACUUGGUAUUCUCAGGCUCUUCAGAUGGUGAAUUACGAAUUUGGGACAGCGUGCAACAUCGAACUAUCUCAUCUGCAUGGGUACAUAGUGCAGCACAUGGGAUUAUAAGUGUUUCAACCAGUCCCUCAAUUGGAAACAAUAGAGUUAUCAGCCAGGGCAAGGAUGGAACUGUUAAGUGUUGGGAUAUUGAGCAUGGGGAAUUGUCAAGGACACCUUCCAUCACAAUUGAUGCAAACACCUAUCAUUUCUGCAAACUUUCAUUAGUGAAGACGCCUUCUGAUGACCCAAUAAAACCUGAAAAGAAGGGACCUCAUCAUGUGACACAAGCCAUUGAAGAUUAUGAUCAAAUAGUUUCUCAUGACAUCGAAGAUGAGGAUCAAGAGAAUGUGGUAGAAAAUUCCAACACAUUUCAAGGUUAUGACCAUGUGGAAGGGCGUCCAUAUGUGGCUAUGGCUGGAUCAGAGCUAUCUGAGGUUGAAUUAUGGGAUCUCAAUGCUGCAGAAAGGUUUGCAAGGUUACCACAUUCUUCUACUGCCUCCACAAAUCAAUUUACUAAAGGGAAAGGUAUGUGCAUGGCAGUUGAAGCUUUUUUGGUACCUCAACAACAGGGAUUUCUACAUGUCUUAGCAGGUUAUGAGGAUGGAACAAUGGCUUGGUGGGAUUUAAGGAAUCCUGAGGUUCCAUUAACUUCUGUGAGGUUUCAUUCAGAACCGGUUCUAAGCUUGUCACUGGAUGAGAUGAUGAAUGGAGGCAUUUCAGGAGGUGCAGAUGAUAAAAUUGUCUUAUUUACUUUGGAUCAUUCAUUGGGUUCUUGCGUGAUGAAAAAAGAAAUCCAUUUGGAGCGACCCGGCAUAGCUGGUACUUCGAUCCGUGCAGAUGGUAAAAUAUUCGGGACUGCUGGCUGGGAUCACAGGAUCAGAAUAUAUAAUUACAAAAAAGGAAAUCCUUUGGCGAUAUUAAAGUAUCACUGUGCCACGUGCAAUGCGAUUUCGUUUGCUGCAGAUUGCAAAAAAAUGGCGUCCGCAUCCGAAGACACUACUGCCAGGCAAUGUAAUAACAAUGUACUUACAUUUCUACAGGGGACAGUUGGCAGUUGGGUUUUUUUGGUAAGAAGGUGAACAAGUGGGAGGACUUAUUGGUCCUUUAGAGCUGUGCCAGAAUCACCGAAAGCUUUCAUCACCAGAAUAAGCACACAAUUCUCUAUUCAGAGGGAAGCUAUUCAACAUAUUCCAUUCCAUUGCUUCCACAAAAAAAACGUACACUUUCCCACAAUGGAAUGAUGGAUGCCACCGCACAUGAUUUUUUUCUUUUUUUGUAAUCUUUCUCAGAAUAUAUAUAUAUAUUAGCUUUUUUAUAGGCUGUCGUUGUCCUACUUAUUUAUGUUAUUUUCUAUACUUGUGUUAUAUGACAUCAAAUCCUGAACGUAAUUAUAAACUUUAUCUGUAUGCGACCU